GGAGAUUUUGACGAAUCUAUGGGUGAGAGGGAUAUUUUGGUUGAAACACAGUCGGGUGCACUCCAAAGAAUAAAUGAAUUGAAUCCGGCCUAUUUUGGCCUUCAAUAUCCAUUAUUGUUCCCUUAUGGAGAGGAUGGUUAUCGCGAGGAUACGUUGUUAUCCAAGGCCUGUAAUAUUGUUGGAGGUGGUAGACAAAGGGUAAGUGUUAGGGAGUUUCUUGCGUAUCGUGUGCAGGAGCGCAGCGACAAGCAUUCAUCUAUGUUGAGGAUGAAAAGGCUAUUUCAGCAAUUCAUUGUUGACGGUUAUACCCUGGUCGAGGCUGCGAGGUUGAAGUUUGUUAGGACGCAUCAAACGCAGCUUCGAUGUGAUAUGUAUAAAGGUUUGAGUGAUGCCUUUUUGCGUGGAGAAAAUGAUUCACGUACACAGGGAAAGAGAAUUGUGUUGCCUCCUACAUUUACUGGCGGAGCACGUUAUAUGAUACAAAAUUAUCAGGAUGCCAUGGCCAUCUGCAGAUGGGCAGGUUAUCCAGAUUUAUUCAUAACCUUUACGUGCAAUCCAAGAUGGCCUGAGAUAGAUCGUUUUCUUCAUCAGAGGAAUUUGAAAGCGGAAGAUCGUCCAGAUAUAAUAAGUCGAGUUUUCAAGGUCAAGCUCGAUGGUUUGAUUAGAGAUCUUCGCAAAAAUAAGGUUUUUGGAAACGUCCGAGGAGUUGUAUACACGAUUGAGUUUCAGAAGCGUGGUUUGCCUCAUGCGCAUAUUUUGUUGUGGUUAGCAAACGAAGAUAAAUUACCAUCACCUACUGAUAUAGAUAGGGUAAUAUCUGCAGAAAUCCCCGAUAUAAACUCUGACCCUAUGUAUUAUGCUGCUGUGAGGGAUUUUAUGAUGCACG